CCUGUGCGCGCAGGCGCGGCCAGCCUUAGGUUCCCGCAGGCUCAGCAUUCAGUGACCACAGGCUGAUUAUUAUAGGCAAGGUGAUGGAUGGACGAGCAGAGAUGGAAGUGAUAAGAAGCACAAAAGGCAAUGUGGCAGGGGAAGUCAGUGUCCAUUUGGUUGCCAAUGAGAAUACAGUACAAAAUGCCCACUUACCAACAACCGCCUUCAUCAUACCAGCAAACACAGCCACUGUAAACCUUCCAACAAGCACCCUAGAGAUCCAGCGAUUCCCUCGGGAACCUCAGAAAAGCAUGGGGCCUGAGAGGCAAAGAGAGGGUAUUGGAAGUGAGCCUAUCACAGCGACAGUCAUCCCCCAGAUCAGCGGAGUACAGACCUGCAACACCAUCCGGGUUCUGGAAUGGAAGGAUGGGGUGGCCACUCUUCCCGGAAGCAACCUAAGGUUUCGGAUAAAUGAAUAUGGGACACUGAAAGUGGUCAGUGCUGACAAGCUUUCGCCUGCAGAGCCCCUAAAGGAGUACCACUCAGAAAGAGAUGGGAAUGAUGAGGUAGCAGCACCUACCAGCAAGGAUAAUCCCCCCACGGCUCAAGACUUGGAUGCACCAGAGCCUCCCAAGCUUCCAAAUGUAGAGAGCCUAUGCCAUUGCAGUACUUGUGGACGGAGAAAUGUUUCGGGGUCAGCCCAGGAAGGAAAGGGAUUUUGCAGUGAGAACUGCCACCGACAAUUCAAAGAAAGAUCUGUCAUUGUGGAGAAUUCUGCUGGCAGCACCAACUCUGCUGAAAUCCUCAAGCCAGUGAAGAAGCGGAAGAGAAAAGAUUAUCAGAGCCCCUCCGAGGAGGAAGAGGAAGAGUCGGAGCAAAUGGAAGUGAAGCAAGAGGAGAUAAAUGGCUCUGGAGGAGAACUUCCUGCUAGCAAUAUUGGGAAUGAAGAAUGGAACGCAAGUCAGCCUGUUUCCCAUGAGAAGACAGAAGGUUGGUCCUGGGCAUCCUACCUGGAAGAACAGAAAGCCAUUGCUGCCCCUUUAAAUCUGUUCCAGGAACACCAGUUGACCACCCAGCACAAGAAUGGAUUCAAGGUGGGGAUGAAGCUGGAGGGAAUCGAUCCCCAGCACCCUUCUAUGUACUUCAUUCUGACAGUGGCUGAGGUAUGUGGAUACAGGAUGCGCCUUCAUUUUGAUGGCUACUCUGAAUGUCAUGAUUUCUGGCUGAAUGCUGAUUCCCCCAACAUUCAUCCUGCUGGAUGGUUUGAGAAAACAGGUCACAAAAUCCAGCCUCCCAAAGGGUGUUUAGGUUACAAGGAAGAAGAUUUCAACUGGGCCAGCUAUCUGAGGUUAACCAAAGCUCAGGCUGCUCCAAAACACCUCUUUUUUACUCCAGACAGUAAUGCUGCUCCUACAGGAUUCCAAGUGGGCAUGAAACUUGAAGCGGUGGACCGCAUGAAUCCUUCUUUGAUAUGCGUUGCCACAGUGACAGAUGUGGUGGACAAUCGCUUUUUGGUGCACUUUGACAACUGGGAUGAUACGUAUGACUACUGGUGUGACCCCAGCAGUCCCUACAUCCACCCAGUUGGUUGGUGUCAGGAGCAUGGGAAGCCCCUCACUCCUCCACAAGACUACCCUGAUCCUGAGAACUUCAGCUGGGAAAAAUACUUAGCAGAAACAGGUGCUUCUGCAGUGCCAGCUUGGGCCUUUAAGGUGAGACAGCCCCAUGGCUUCCUGAUCAACAUGAGGUUGGAGGCAGUGGACCGAAGGACUCCCUCCUUGAUUCGAGCAGCCAGUGUGGAGGAUGUAGAAGACUACAGGAUAAAGAUCCAUUUUGAUGGCUGGAGCCAUAUCUACGAUUUCUGGAUAGACUCAGAUCACCCAGACAUUCAUCCUGUGGAAUGGUGCUCAAGAACUGGACAUCCAUUGCAGCCUCCUCUCAGGCCAAAGGAACCCGUCUCUUCUGCCAAUGGGAGCUGCCCAACUUUGGCUUGUAAGACCCUCCCCAACACCAAGAGCUCCAAAUACAGCUUUCACAGGAAGUGCCCAACACCUGGUUGUGAUGGUUCAGGCCACGUGACAGGGAGAUUUACAGCACAUUACUGCAUCUCAGGGUGCCCCCUGGCAGAGAAGAACCAAGGAAGAAUGAAGGCUGAUCUCUCAGACACCGAAAACUCUCUCCGAAAGAGGAACCUGAUUGGAUUCUCUCAGCGGAAGAAAUCACGGCACCAUGGAAGGGGGCGACCUCCAAAAUACCGGAAAAUCCAGCAAGAAGACUUCCAAACUAUUUCUUCAGACAAUAUGCACCAGUCUCUCUUCAUGUCAGCAUUGUCAGCACACCCAGACCGUUCCCUGUCCCUCUGCUGGGAACAGCACUGUAAGCUCCUGCCAGGAGUGGCUGGUAUCACAGCAUCCACUGUGGCUAAGUGGACCAUUGAUGAGGUCUUCAGUUUCGUACAGACACUGACGGGUUGUGAGGACCAAGCAAAACUCUUUAAGGAUGAGAUGAUUGAUGGUGAAGCAUUCCUUCUGCUGACUCAGACAGACAUCGUCAAGAUCAUGAGUGUCAAACUUGGUCCAGCACUUAAAAUCUACAAUGCCAUCCUCAUGUUUAAAAAUGCUGAUGAUACCUUAAAGUGAACUACCCUGCACAGCAUUUGACUUUUCUCCCAUGUGGGAGCUGCCAAACUCUCUGUCUCAGCAGAGUGGAGACCUUCCUGGCUGCUGCAGCUGUAAAAUCCUGCCAACUUGCUCUCUCUUUGAGUCUUCGUCUUUGUUUACAUGCCAAAUCCAUUCCCUGUCUGUCUUCCUCCAACUGGCCUUUCUGAAAACUGCCCUGAUCCUAUCUCGCCGUGGAGCUCCAGCAUUGACCUGCCCAGUCUCACAGACCCUGCCACAUUCUUCUCCUGAUGGUUUUAGAGGCAAAGAACAUGCCUUGGUUUGCUAUUGGAUUUAACUUACCUUGGAUUUAACUCUGAUUGCCCAGAUUCCAACAUUGUAAAGUGUGCCUCAAUUCACUUGAUAUGGAACAGGAAAGUAUCUUCAAAUGGCAUCAUGCAUUUGGAAGCAAUUCUGAUGUUUCAGGGCAAAAGUCAGUCUCUUCAUUAUCAGGGAUUAGACCAUGAGCUUCACAAGGGGCAGAUUACCUAUAUCCAGGGACUUGCUGAAGCACUGAGUGUUGGUCCUUCCAAGACAGGUUCAUUGUAGAUGAAAGAAUACACCCUAACAAUUCUGGAGUCACUGCUGCUACAAAAAAAGAUAUUUUGGUGCUCACAAUAUAUAGACUUGUAAUAUAGCCAUGUUAAUCAUGGAGGAUGAGAGGAACAAAGAAGAUAAUGUAAUAUUGUUCCUUAGUUUAACUUCUGUUCAAUCUUUUUGCAUGGAACACUUCAAGCAAUUUUUUUGAAAAAUAUAUUUAUGGGAACAGAAGACAAGUCCAGCAAACUAACAACAUUAGCACUUUAUACUAAGUUAAGGUAUUCUUCCCAUCCAGGGGAAGAAUAACUAAUGUUAGGAAGAGCCAGCUAACUUUAUCCCAUUCUGCUGAUCUGUCGGGUGCUGUUUCGUAUGAAGAAAAAAAAAAGGAUUCUGUGUAAUGCAGCAAUUCUUAAUUUCUUUGUUCUGAAUUUAUCAGGUGUGCCCCAUCAAACACUGGGCUGUAACUCAGUGGUAGGACAUCUGAAGGUUCCAUGUUCAAUCCCGAGCAUCUCCAGGCAGGGCUGGGAAAGAGUUGGCCUACCUGAAACCCUGAAGAGCUGCUGUCAGUCAGUGUAGACAAUACCAAUGGUCUGACUCAGUAUAAGACGGCUUCCUAGCUUCCUAUGUUCAUAUUUAGUUCAAUGUGUGUCAAAUGUUUACAUUCAGCUGCUUGACAACAUCUCUUGAAAACUAGGAGCUAACCUUUUAAAAAAGACACAAUGUGAACUUAAACUUUCAAGUCAAGAAGAAUUCUGCUGUUGACUAUGUAGGAUUUUUUUCCUAUGCCCUGCGUGAUGUUGACUAAUGAGGCGCUGGCAGAGGCUGUUAUGCUGCAUCAAUUUACCUAUGGUGUAGUCAUUUGGACUAACAAAAACAAAAAGGCUUGAGUUGCAACACCAGUCCUACCAUUAGGUAGAAUGAGGAGGUGGCCUCAGGCAGCAGAUAUCUGAAUACAAUUAAAGGACAGCAAAUGUUUUGUUAAUUUAGUAUUAUGUCUUUACUAUGGAGGUGGGGGAAACCAUAUCAGUUUUCCACUUCCAGUGCCAAAAUAUCUUGGGAUGGUCCUGUUGAGUUGGGCAAUCUCUAAUUUCAGCAGUUCUAGAUUUCUUUCUGGAUAUUUUCUACUCAGUUCUCCUUCAGGCCUUAUAUAACUUUAUCUCAUUUAUUUAUUUGUUUAUUAAAUUUAUAUCCCGCCCUUCCUCCCAGAAGAAGCCCACUUGACAAUGGCCCUAUGUAAUAAAUUACUGAAGGCCUCAAUCACCGAACAGUGAUUUGGACCUGGGUUUCUUAGACCCCUAUCCAACUCUCUGCCUGCAUGCUGCAAAGCAUACCCAAAGUAUGGAGCUCCUUGAGAACAUCAUGAUUUUUCUUUGUUCCUCUUACGUCUGUGAAGGCAGGGCUAAAGUUUCUGAACCAUACAUACCAGCAACAUGUUUCAUAGUAACGUGGUCUGUGAAGUCCACUUUUUAAUGUUUGGGUCAAACUCAUGCUAAGCUUCCCAUGGAAAUGCAGCAUUUUGACUCUGAUAUUAUUGACUACUUGGUCAUUAUUUGGGGUUUUUUCUUAACUGCUGGCUGCUUCCUGUUCAAACAAAAUUUAUAUAUUGAUCUCUCUGUCUGUUUUUUGUCAUUGUAAGCUUUUGUUUUAGCAAGUUUUACCCUGAUUGCAAAAUGUUGUCCUCCCAUUCAAUCUCCCAGCUGUUUAAUUCCUAGGAGGCACAGUACUGGGAAGAAGGAAAUUAGUAGCUUCUGGACAAAAUCCUUCUAACAGAUACAGCUGGUGAAUGGUGCCAAACUAUCCCCAUAUCCAAAGAGAUGCACUUUUUAUUCAACCAGGAAAGAUGAAGAAGAAAAGAAUCAUUUGACAUAUUAAGAUGAUUCUUAGCAGUUAAUGUUGACUUCAAGAGAAAAACGUCCCUAUUUUUGGAAACGUCCAGUUUCCUUCUUCAACUGCUUGUAUGAGGAUCAGACAGCAUAUCUGCGUGAAGCAAAACCUACAAAGAAAGAUUUCUUAUUAAAAUUCUUAUGAUUUGUAUUGAUCUUAACCAAGUAUGCAUACAUUCCUCUUGUAUAUGAAAGAUAUCUAGGGACUUCACCAACUCAAUGGAUGGAAUUGCAAGGGAUUUGUCUCUGAAUUUGAAACUGGGUGAGGAAGAGGACAGGUGAUUCAGAACAUACUCUAAUGCAUGAGAUGCUUAAGUGCUGCUAAGGCCAUUGGAGAGAAACCAGAAGUGUUUAGUGGAGUUGAUGCCAUCUUUGUUAUUGUCCCACUGGAACUGUAGCCAUUGAGAUAAUGGCUUCUUUUGUACAAUUUUGAGGCACUGAUGAGCCAGGUCUGCCUCUCCAAUUCUUCACAGGUUUGGGUCUCUCUUGUUUAGUUCAGGUGAAAUGUAACUUUCUAAUGGGUCUUUUAUACCGAACUGUGACACGUAGCCAGUUGAGGUCCUCAGUGCCAAAUGCUAUUCAUGUAGGCUUUUGGAUUUGGGGACAUAGUCUGCCCUCGAUUUCACACUGCAUCCCUCCUCCCUUUCCACUCUAUCAUGCAUCUGGCUGUUGAGUAAGUUGAACUGGAUUUGCACCAGGAAUGGGGUCUAGGUGGUGCAAUGCUUCCAUCAGCCCCAGGUUGUUCCAAAAUGAAAAUUAUCCUUACUGGCAGUGAGUGUAAAAUGUACCAUCUAAUAUUGUGUGCUUGCACUUUUAUGUCUGUAUGUAUGUGUCGAACAGAGAAACAAAAUGAAUUUAAUUGAUGGGAAUGUUCACACUUUUAAAUAACUUCAGCACUCACAGUUCAUUCUAUCUUAGAUCUUCUAUCUUAGGUAUCCAGGUUCAUGCCUCUUGUCCUUUUGAGGUAUUAAGGUUCUGAAUUAAUCUAGAUGGAAGGAAUUACAGGUACAUUUGAAUAGCUGGUUAAGGGCUAUUCACUGCUAAAACAUAGUUGGAACCUUCUCUUUGGUAUAAAGCAGGGAUAGCAACUGUUGUGACUCUAGAUGUUUCAGAUUAUAACCCCCAUCAGUCCCAGACAGCAUGGGCAACUAUCAGGGAUGAUGGGAGUUGUACUCCAAAAGAUCUGGAUAGUACCAUGUUGGCUACCCAUGGUAUAAAGAAAUCAAAUCUAAGCCCGAACCUUGUAUGUGCACAUGUAUGUGAGAGAUGAUUACAGUGAAGCUACUUUUCCUAUGCUUGCACAGGGCUAUUUCUGGAGAUGUUGCUGCCAAGGACUUGCUCUGAAAGGUGGUAGAUGUCAGAGGGAGAGAAAGAAGGCAGCCUUGUCCUUGCCAGAUAUUCUCUUGAGAACUCUGGCAUUUCCAAGUGGCAGGGCUGAUGAAGACCCCAGCUAGAGGCCCUAGAGAGCUGCUGCCAAUCUGAACAGAUGGUGCUGCCCUAGAUGGAUCUGGCAAUAUGUGAGGCAGCUCCUUGCAAUACUUCUUGGCUUUGAGAACACAAGAGAGCCUAGAAAAGCACCAGACUUGUUCUCAGUACCUCACCCCAAUUUUUCCCUGACACCAUUAACAUCAAUAGACAUGAAUCAGCUGAAGUACCCUAGGAGUCAUUUUGUCUCAAGCAUCUUAAUAACAGCUUCUUUUUUCAGGGAACUAAUGGCAGCUAAAACGUCUCCUGAGCAAAAAAAUUCCUAGGAGUCUCAGGUUCUGUACUUGUGACUGAAUUUAUUCCUCCUUAGUAGGUUUGCGGUCAUUUCUUCUAAGACCAAGCAAGACAAUCAGCCAGGUACCAAUUCCAGAAGCAUCCCUCAUAUUUGCUAAUGAUAGCAUGGUUCAAAGUAAACAUUGGAAUGACUUCACAGGGAGGCUGCAUAGGAAGCACUUCAAUUUCUUCUCUGCACUGCUGUUGCUGGAGUGGUUUAUCUUGUUAAAAGUAGAUAGGUUUGGAUUUCUUGUUGAUGCUAUGAACUGAUGAGAAUCAGUGUCAUCCUGACUUGAAUUCAGAGCCACUCUGAAAUAUGGAAGAUCAGACUGCAUUAAUGCCCAAGCCAGAAAUUCUAGGGAAAGGACAUUACAGUUAAUUGUUUACAGAGAAAUGCCUGUGUUGAGGCCCUAGCUACUUAAGCCAUUAAAAUCCAUGAGCUGAAGCACAUCUAACCUUACACUGGAUAGUGGCAGAGUUGUACACUCCCGGAAUAGGAAUAGGUCAGCAAUACUGAAGAAUGUUUAUUAAAAGCAAACUAGAGUAAAAACAAGUCUCCAUACGGUGAAGGUUAGUGUGUACCAUCUAUAAUUUAAGCCACAAACUAUCUCCAGUGUGUGCCCCCGAGUCUCAUACAGUCACAGUCCUCACAAUUGCCCCAAUCCAUUUACGUACAUAUGCAGCAGUAAUCUGUAUUGGAGGAAUGAGUGACUAAAUCCAAUUUCUUGCUUCCCCUCCCAGUCAACUAGUUCAGGGUAGCCUAUGUGGCACCCUCCAGAUAUUCUUGAAUUACAGUGCCCAGACAGCAUUUCCAAUGGUAAGGGUUGAUGGGAGUUGUAGUCCAACAUCAUCUGGAGGAUGGUACUAUAGCUUAUUUACUGAAUAGGUCUAUUCACGAGUAGCCCUAGCUGCCGAAAUACAUUAGCAACCCAACAUAGUACUGGUUUGCUUGUACAGUUGCUUGUCCAUCUAGGGACAUAUGAACAGGUACCUGCUUCUGUAUAUGAAUUUCUCCUAACUGGAUCAGGUCAUCUAGCAAUGAGUGAGUACGUUUUCUUUUUAGCUAAAAAUUUUGAUUGCUCGGAAGAUGUCAAAUCUCCAAGGUUAACUUGAAAGACAGUGUGAAACAACCGUGCAUAGAAAAUGGGUCACUUGAAAGGGCUGCAAAUCUACCUUCUUACUACUAGCCUAGACUCCUGUUCCUUGAGGAUUUCUCUGUCCAGAGAUCUGGUACAUAUCUCAGAUGCAUGGGCCACCUAAAGGAUCCCUUUCACUCAGCAGAAAUCGCAUAAUGAUGCUCAAAGUUUGAAUGUUAGCCUGUUGGAAAUUCAGCUUGAUAGUAAAUACAUGAUUCAUUCUGCAUACUCAUGCUUUUGGCCAUAAGGGUCCUCAGUUCCGUUUCGUUGGUUCAGCCAUACCAUUGACUGCCCUGUUGGUGAUCAUCAACUAGAAUAUGAAUGUGGAUAGUUCCCUCCCUCUGAGCCCUUGAUUACUCCCACCCCUGAAAUCCAGUUUCAACAUCAACUUAAAGCACUUUUGAAAUGUAAAAGUCCAAAUCCAAAUUGUAAAGCAGGUUUACUAUUUAGGGCUUAUUUGGGGCUUGAGUGCAAUGGAAGACAGGAAGUCUUCAAAAACCCUUGACUGAUCUUCAUCUCUUCCUCUUUCCAUGGUUCCUUAGACUGCUGAGUUCACCCUAAAUGGAAAGGAAGGGAAACAGGUAGGUGACAGUCCACCUGUGAUAAAUCCUGCCCAAACACCCUUUUAUUUUAGGGACCAGCUUUUGCAGAGGGCAAGUAUGGAGUUUUCAGAAGAAGCAUUUUCAUGGAACUGAAGCUUUUUUGCACUUUCAUUCAUUUGCACUUGUUUAAUUUGUCUUUUGAUAUUUGCACCUUUGUGUUUUCAUGAUGGAAAUACUAUAAUUGUAUCUAGUGCAGCUGUUCUGGAACUAUGUGUCCUGAGUAUAAAGACAGUUAAUAUAAAAUAAAAGCAAGAUGUGAUACGUUUUGUCAGUGUUUUACAAUAACAAUAAAUGUGAAUUAUGGAAUUAUUCAAAUGAUAUAGAGUUGAUGUUUUUGUUGU